AGGAGCAGCCCAACAGUAGGGGAGUUGGGUGGAACGUAUAGUUAGCAGGUCCUUUAUUCUAAAACUCUAUUUCACGUACUCAUAAUUUGUUUUCUCGCCGUGAGAGAACAGAGAAGUGAAGAACGGAACGAGAGGUUGGAUGAGCGGCGUGAAGAGUUCUGCAGGGAUGGCGGCGGUGUUACCCAGGACCCUGGGGGAGCUCCAGCUCUACAGGAUUCUCCAGAGGGCCAACCUGCUGUCUUACUACGGGGCCUUCAUCCAGCAGGGCGGCGACGACGUGCAGCAGCUGUGUGAGGCGGCCGAGGAGGAGUUCCUGGAGAUCAUGGCCCUGGUGGGCAUGGCCAGCAAGCCCCUCCAUGUUAGGAGGCUCCAGAAGGCCCUGCGAGACUGGGUCACCAACCCGGCCCUGUUCAACCAGCCCCUGGCCUCUCUCCCUGUCUGCAGCAUCCCCGUCUACAAGCUGGAAGCUAACGGUAAUUCCAAGGCUAGCGCCCACGUCACGGUGCCCACUCUCUCACUGGCGGCGGAAUGUGUGGGGGAGCCCAUGAGGGGUGCGGUGGCGUCAGGGGUGGGGGGCGAGGGACGAGGAUGUUCGGCCUCUGGGUCUCCAGUUCAGAUUGGUAGCGAACCUCGUUUCUGGGGCUCCUUGUCCUCUCGCGGCGGGGGAGCGGAGAGCGAGCGAAGCCUGUCCCCUGCUGAGACCCUGGGUCUGGGUUCUCCUUCGCCGCCGUCCCCCCGCUGCGAGGAGGUACUAGAUGCUGCAGCGUUGAGGUCGCUGGCAGAGUGCGUGGAGCGGCUGGCCCAGGCGCUGCCCCGGACCGACCCGUCCGAGGUGAAGGAGGGGCUGCGGGGCAACAAGAAGCUGUCCAAGGUGAUCUGCCACAUCCUGGACAUGGAGGAGGAGGACCCGAGGAGGGCAGAAGAGAUACGCAAGUACAGCGCAAUCUACGGACGCUUUGACUCCAAGAGGAAGGAUGGCAAGCACUUCACGCUUCACGAGCUGACAGUGAAUGAGGCAGCAGCUCAGUUGUGUAUGAAGGAGGUCUCCCUGCUGACCAGGAGAGAAGAGUUGUUUGGUCUGGCUAGACAGGUCUCUCGCGAGGUCACCUACAAGUACACCUACAGGACUAGCAAGUCUCGAUGUUGUGACAGAGAUGAUCCUUCUCACAAGAUGAUCAAAACAGAGCUGCAGCUGGAGCGUCUGCUGACCAGACAGAUGGAGAUCCAUCACGAAGCGCAGGCCCAGGACAGACUGCAGGCUCUGGAGUGGAAGGUCCCUCUGGGGGCCUUCGGGUUGAGACACAACACUAACCCAGAACACCGUCACCAUGUCAACGGAGUCUCCACUGAUAGCACCAGUCUACCACCAGGGGAGAGGCCACUGAACCUGCAGGUGGAGGGUCAAAAGUCGAAUGGAGACACACCCCUGGGGAAACAACUAGCCAAUGAGCUGAAGAGGCAUCACGGCAACAGGGAGGGAAAGACCCCGCCCACGAGUCACCAUAGCAAUGUCAAGUGCAAAACUCUGACCAUAGAAAAUGGGAACGGGGCUGACUUCUCCCAAGGGGCUCUCAGCCUUUCUGACAAGAAGACCAUCAAAUCAUAGCCAGAGGAUUCCGGAUAGCACCUCUUCUUCUCCUCCUCUUCCUCCUUGCGCAUCCCUCUUUCACAACACAGUCGUCGUUGGGCAAUACUAAACAAGCACAGCUGCAUUAGAGCCUUAACAACCAAUGUUGCCUCAAGAUAAGGGAUUUUACAUGUAGUUUCUUUUUUGCCAAAGCACCAAGAGAGCCUUUAUUUCUCUACUCGUAGAAGCCCAUUUUGUUUGUAUUUUCACUGACUGUGUUGAUUCCCCCUCCCUUCCCUACUCUACCGUUCUCCUUUCUUACUUUCAAGACUGACGGCGAUGGGUCUGUAGAUGUAUUUGUACAUACAGAAUUCUGACACUGAAAAGUGUUUAUUUGUCGUUGAUGUCAUUUAAAUAUGUGCUGUGUAAAAUUAGGACGUCAGUUACCAGGACAACACUAGAAGUUCCAUCGACUUUGAGUCAACCAAGAUUUGGCUCAGAAAAGUCUUAUUUAUCUUGACAAAGUGCCGGGUUACCAUGGUGUUGCAUGGUGUUACCAUGGUGUUGCCAUGGGUUGACUCAUCCAAGGUUCUAUUGGUGAUAAAAAAAAACUUAAAGGCUUUCAUUUAUGACACCAACUUAAAUAUUUAUUACAAUUCAGUGAGAGCCUUCAUUUGGAAUUUACAUAUGGGAUGACAACAACAUUUACAUUUUUACCUUUAUUUAACUAGGCAAGUCAGUUAAGAACAAAUUCUUAUAUUCAAUGAUGGCCUAGGAACAGUGGGUUAACUGCCUUGUUCAGGGGCAGAAAGACAGAUUUUUACCUUGUCAGCUUGGGGAUUUGAUCUUGCAACCUUUCGGUUACUGGUCCAACGCACUAACCACUAGGAUACCUGCCGCCCCAAUAUAUGGGACGACGACAACAUAUAGGGGGACGACAUAUGGCAAAAUAUUUGGACGACAACAUAUGGGAUGACAACCUAUGGGACAACAAAGUACCAUAUUUGUAUAUUACUGCAAGACAGUUUCCUGUGGUAACAUUGGGUGUGUAUGAUAGCCAUCAAGAAUAAGCACAAGUAGUGCUUUUCAUGACAAUGGCCUCAGAGGCCAUAUAAAUGGAGACGUUGACGUACUCUGUCUUACUAAAUGGAAGGGAAAUCCUAGAAGUAGUAUAGUCUGAACUACAAAACAGUAAUAACAGUGUUUACAUCCCACCUUCUCACUUUAACUAGUACAAAACCAAGUGUGUAUAAGUAGAGCAACACCGACAAUGUGUUGUUGAGAAACCCAGUGUCAAUGUCUAGUUUUCCCAGUUGUGGGGAUCGUGGUCACUGUGCAGUAGGUCUAUUUCCUGUUGACUAGCAUUAGCCAUAGUCUAAGUUCCCAUCAAGAUGACCUCGAACAGAUACAGUCAGAAGUUUACAUACACUUAGGUUGGAGUCAUUAAAACUUGUUUUUCAACCACUCCACAAAACAAACUAUAGCUUUGCAUGACACAAGUAAUUUUUCCAACAAUUGUUUACAGACAGUUUAUUUCACUUAUAAUUCACUGGAUCACAAUUUCAGUGGGUCAGAAGUUUACAUACACUAAGUUGACUGUGCUUUUAAACAACUUGGAAAAUUCCAGAAAAUUAUGUCAUGGCUUUAGAAGCUUCUGAUAGGCUAAUUGACAUCAUUUUAGUCAAUUGGAGGUGUACCUGUGGAUGUAUUUCAAGGCCUACCUUCAAACUCAGUGCCUCUUUGCUUGACAUCAUGGGAAAAUCAAAAGAAAUCAGCCAAAAAUAGUUGACCUCCACUCAUCUGGUUCAUCCUUGGGAGCAAUUUCCAAAUGCAUGAAGGUACCACGUUCUUCUGUACAAACAGUAGUACGCAAGUAUAAACACCAUGGAACCACGCAGCCAUCAUACCUCUCAGGAAGGAGACACGUUCUGUCUCCUGGAGAUGAACGUUCUUUGGUGCGAAAAGUGCAAAUCAAUCCCAGAACAACAACAAAGGACCUUGUGAAGAUGCUGGAGAAAACCGGUACAAAAGUAUCUAUAUCCACAGUAAAACGAGUCCCAUAUCGACAUAACCUGAAAGGCCCCUCAGCAAGGAAGAAGCCACUGCUCCAAAACCGCCAUAAAAAAUCCAGACUACGAUUUGCAACUGCACAUGGGGACAAAGAUCGUACUUUUUGGAGAAAUGUCCUCUGGUCUGAUGAAACAAAAAUAGAACUGUUUGGCCAUAAUGACCAUUGUUAUAUUUGGAGGAAAAAGGGGAGGCUUGCAAGCUGAGGAACACCAUUUCAACCGUGAAGUACGGGGGUGGCAGCAUCAUGUUGUGGGGUUGCUUUUCUGCUGGAGGGACUGGUGCACUUCACAAAAUAGAUGGCAUUAUGAGGGGGGAUGUAGAUAUAUUGAAGCAACAUCUCAAGACAUCAGUCAGGAAGUUAAAGCUUGGUCGCAAAUGGGUCUUCGAAAUGGACGUUGACCCCAAGCAUACUUCCACAGUUGUGGCAAAAUGGCUUAAGGACAACAAAGUCAAGGUCUUGGAGUGGCCAUCACAAUGCCUGACCUCAAUCCUAUAGAAAAUUUGUGGGCAGGAAUGAAAAAGAACGUGAGAGCAAGGAGGCCUACAAACCUGACUCAGUUCCACCAGAUCUGUCAGGAGGAAUGGGCCAAAAUUCACCCAACUUAUUGUGGGAAGCUUGUGGAAGGCUACCUGAAACGUUUGACCAAAGUUAAACAAUUUUAAAGGCAAUGCUACUAAAUCUUAAUUCAGUGUAUGUAAACUUCUGUGAUGAAAUAAAUAAAAGCUGAAAUAAAUCAUUCUCUACUAUUAUUCUGACAUUUCACAUUCUUAAAAGAAAGUGGUGAUCCUAACUGACCUAAAAUAGGGAAUUUUUACUCUGAUUAAAUGUCAGGAAUUGUGAAAAACUGAGUUGAAGUGUAUUUGGCUAAGGUGUAUGUAAACUUCCCACUUCAACUGUAUGUAGUACUGCUUGAUUCAAAAAUGCAUUGUCAUGUUUUUAGAUUCUAUAAGUAUUUAUUUUAUAUAUAUUUUAUAUAUAUUUUUUAAAUUUCUCAUAUUCUCCCAUGAAUGACUAUGAUGUGAUGUACAUGUUACUUUAUAAAACGCUUCAGUAAUGUAUUCAAUUACUACAUGAGUCCCUGGGAUACUAUCUUAAUGUCACUUUAGAUCAAGCAGUUUAACAAAAAAAGUUUCAGUCUCAAAUUCAUCUUUCGGUAUUGUACCUAGUUAAGCUGUUUCACUAACUGUAUUGGUGUUUAAAAUGAGUACCUCUUCUUUCAGUUACAUUCAUGCAUUCUGUUAUCCAUUUUCAUGCAAUAGUUAGUGACAGUGCACAAAAAAAUAUACAUUUAAAUUAUUUUCCACUUGGCUUAAAUUGGAAUACAGUGCCUGUACAGUAACAUGCUAUAAAUGACAUCAGAGCUCAGGCUCUGCGCUUCACAGCUCUGUAAGGGUUGAGCUGAUCUGAACUUGAGCACCACAUGCAACAAGAAGUUGCCCCCAUCCCUCCUGCUAAUGGGAAACCUUUGCAAAUGUUAUGUUGUCUCAGGGAAAUGCUGUAAAUUAAGAUGACUGGAUUAAGAUGAGACUUCGAGGAUUCUAAUAAAUAUCUAUUUGAUGUCAGAAAAGCAAGUCAAACACCUUUGAGCCCAAAUGUGCACUUCACAUUUCCAUUUCACAACUCAUGUCAUAUACAGUGUCAAUGUUUAUGAUCUCUAUGUUUGAUGUACAGCUACAAGGUGACACGGCCGUCAUACCCUGGGUUGUUCUGAACAGAAUGAGUCUAUGUUUGAUGUACAGUCGUUAUUGUAUAACUUCGUCAUCUUGGCAAUAUAAAAAGCUGACACAGA